GCCUGCCAUGCCUCUCUCUUCUCGUUCUCUUGUUUGCCCAACUGCGUUGAGAGGGACGACUCGGAGAGCGGCGGAGGAGAGGAAUCCGAGAAUCUGCUGCCACAGUAUUGCUUGACGGGGGAUUUGGCGGGAUCAGGACGAGGUCUUCGGCCAUGGCUUCCAAGCGGAUUCUCAAGGAGCUCAAGGAUCUCCAGAAGGACCCUCCCACGUCAUGUAGCGCAGGUCCAGUGGCUGAAGAUAUGUUUCAUUGGCAAGCAACGAUAAUGGGCCCACCUGACAGUCCAUAUGCAGGGGGAGUCUUUCUAGUUACCAUACACUUCCCUCCAGAUUAUCCAUUCAAACCACCUAAGGUUGCUUUUAGGACUAAGGUUUUCCAUCCAAACAUCAAUAGCAAUGGAAGCAUUUGUCUUGACAUCUUGAAGGAGCAGUGGAGUCCAGCAUUAACCAUUUCCAAGGUGCUGCUGUCAAUCUGCUCCCUGUUGACGGAUCCAAACCCAGACGACCCAUUGGUUCCGGAAAUCGCCCAUAUGUACAAGAACGACAGGGCCAAGUAUGAGAACUCUGCAAGGAGCUGGACCCAGAAGCAUGCAAUGGGCUAAACUGUUAAUCUUGCAAUGAGGUUGUGUUUUGUUGUUUGCAAGAGUGAAGUAACCCACGAAUCUGUCUGUCUUUUAACCUACCCAAAUACGAAGUGGAUAUUGUUUUCAUUCUUAUUUAUAUCUGAACUACAAAACUCUCUUCCUUAGCU